AUGUCAAAGGACCACUUUGAGAACUCUGCCUACAUUUGUUCCUUUGGGAUGAAGCUAACAUGGGACAUCAACGACCCCAAGUUACCACAGGAGCCCAAGCACUUUGAUUCCUUCCAGGAGUGGCCAGAUGGCUACCUGCGGUUCAUUUAUUCCAGUGAAGAUAAAAAUGCACAGAGGCACCUCAGUGGCUGGGCUAUGCGCAACACUAACAACCACAACUGCCAAAUUCUCAAGAAGUCCUGCCUUGGUGUGGUGGUAUGUGCCAGGAAUUGCACCCUUCUGGAUGGGACCAAGCUGCAGCUUCGCCCCGCUAUAUGCGAUAAAGCUCGUCAAAAGCAACAGAGAAAGCAUUGUCCAAACUGCAGUUCAGCUCUUGAGUUAAUUCCCUGUCGAGGGCAUAGUGGCUACCCAGUGACUAAUUUUUGGAGACAUGAAAGCAAAGCAAUAUUUUUCCAGGCCAAAGGAUUGCAUGACCACCCAAGACCAGAAAGUAAAUCUGAGACAGAGGUCAGAAGAAGUGCUCUUAAAAAGCAAUCACCAUCUUCUCACCCAUCACAGAAAAAAAGGCUUCUGGAGUUUCAGACAGGAACAUGUAAUGAGAAUGCCAGUCACUUUCAUUACAUUCAUCAUCUGGCAUGUGAAGAAGGACCGGAAAAAUUCAGCAUAGUCACUGAUACCAGUUUGCCACUCCUACCUCAGUCCCAUCAUUUAUUUCAAAAUGCAGAACCAUACAUUACUUAUGAUGCUUCCAACUUCCAAGAAAAUGUGGUAGCACCACUCCAGAACUACACAAGCUCCCAAAUCUACACAUGUAAACCAGGCGUUGGUUAUGAGUGUGCCUUUCCUGGCUACAUGGCUCCUAGUUUGUGCUCAACUUUUCAUAAAGAUGCAAUGAAUAUUCCAGUGGAUUCUGAUCACAUUCUGCUGAAUGGACUCCAGUAUCAUGUAAAUUCAUUAAAUGUCCAUGAAAAGAACUCUGACACCACCCAUAAGUACAAUGGAUUGAGACAAAGCUCGGGGGAAACAAACUGUGGAGAACGGAUUGGCUAUGGGCCAUGUCAACUCAAUGCUAAUCAUCCCCAUUAUAGCGAAGAAUAUACUUGUAGAUAUAGUAGUCUUUCCUCCUUGGAGGUUCCAGCUUUGCAAACAGUUAUAACUACAACAACUAAGAUGUCCCUUGAGGCCUACAAGCCUCCUAUACUGAAGUAUGGUGACAAUAAUGUCUAUGAUGUCAAAGAUCUUCUAAGCUGCUCUAUGGCAGAUAGCAUUUCAGAAGAUGUUUGUCCACAAAUAAACUUUCAAGAAGACUGGGCAAUAGGCAAAUCAAAUUUAACUGGGGAACAUUUUCUGACCACUAGUAAGGUAGGUCAUGUAGCGUCAGUGGAAACUUGUCAGAUCAGUCCUAAUAUGGAGAAAUGUUAUAAAGCUUAUGAAGAAGAGACAUUUGGAUUUGAAAACACCGAAUACUGA